AGCCGACAGCCCCGGCAGUCAGAUCUGGGACGGAGGGGAGCCCGCACGGCUGCCUCUCUCUCUCUGUCUGUGCAAAGUCGCUCGUGAACUCUCAUAGAGCAGCCGUGAAGAAUAGCGGCCGCGUCGGCGUUGUGUGCAAGCCUGUGCUGUGGUUAACAUAGCGCGGCAUAGGGAGAGGGGGGGGAUUGUGAGAGGUGGAGCGAGCGAGCGAGAGAGGCUCAGUCAAAGUUGGACUUCAACUUUGGAGCGCGCGGCGGCGUUGGGGUGUACGGACUACUGUACGGGAGGUCACUUUGUAUUAGUCGAGCAUCGUCAAGCACGAGUGUGUUGUCCCCCAUCUCCGAGGAUUAUAGCACGGUUGGCUAGCUACGUACGGUGCGACAGAAGUUCAACACGGUGCAUGCAUUCUGGUAGUUGGUGAAAGUGCCGUAGUUUUCAUUGGAACAUAAGUAGCAGAAGGAGGACCGUCAACAUUGGGUCGACAAUCAGCGGCGGUAUAAUUCCAUAUUUUUGGCAGCCGCUGUGUCAUCAUCAGCAGCAGUAGCAGCAGCAGCAGCACAGUCGUCGGCAGUACCGUCAUCAUCAGCAGCAGUAUUUAUAGUAGCAGUAUCACAAGCAGCAUCGGCAUACGUUACCGUCGGCUUGCCACCCCAACGUGGGCUUUAAACCGCUUGUAAGCUACUCGAGUGCAAGGGCAGGCAGUGUUCUUACGUUACAGGCUACGUCAGCGAUACGGCGUUUACUCUACAGUACAUAUAGACUGUAUUGAAAGCGCGUGCUGCCGAGUGGACAUGCCGGGCCGCCUUCACCAUGGUCAUGCACUGGAAGAAACGUCGCGAGUCGAAGCAGGAAGACUCCUCGUUUGAUCGUCCGGACGGUUCCGUCCUGGCUCCUCCCUGCAACUUGGGCCCCGGCUAUGGAAGCUCGGAGAGCACCAUCAGCCUGGACGGCGUGGCCGAUGCCGGCGGGCUCGUUAUCAUCAGCGGCGGCGGCGGCGGGAUUGGGAUUGCGGGGGGGCUGGCGAGCGGCCCCGGCGGAUCGCCAGACCCCCAGCGAACCAGGGCGGCCAUCGAGCACCUGUCGCAGAAGAUCCUCAAGACCACGGAGCAGAUCAAGGUGGAGCAGGCGGCGCGCGACGAGAACGUCGCCGAGUACCUAAAGCUCGCGAACAACGCCGACCGGCAGCAGGUGGGGCGCAUCAAGAACGUCUUCGAGAAGAAGAACCAGAAGUCGGCGGCGGCAAUCGCGCAGCUGCAGCGCAAGCUGGAGGGCUACCGGCGGCGCCUGCGCGACGUGGAGCUCAACGGCGCCGGGCCGGGGGGCGCCGGCCUCGGGGGCGCCGGCCUCGGCGGCCGCCCGGCCAAGGGCGUCCUGGGCGGCGUGACGCAGGGCCUGAGGGGCGUCUCGACGAGCGUGCGUGCCGGCAUCAGCGGCUUCAGCGAGGGAGUCGUGGACAGCGUACGCGGGGGCCUCUCGGGUCUCUCCCAGGUGACGCACAGCGCGGCGGGGGCUGUGGUGUCGAAGCCGCGGGAGUUUGCGACGCUCAUCCGCAGCAAGUUCGGCAGCACCGACAACCUCAAUGCCCUGGAAGAGGGUGGCGGUGGUGCAGAUGACUCCGCUGUGUCCGGCGACGCCCACCACUCGUCCCCGCGCCUGUUCGGCAGCGACGACGAGGACAGCUCCAGCUCUACGUCCGACUCCGGCGGCGGGGGGGGCAACAGCACGUCAGGUCCCGGGGGACCCGGCAGCCCCCGUCCAGGGGGGCCGUUGUUGUCCGUCGGGGGGGGCGGCGGCUGGGGGACGUCGGAAGGGACGUUGGCGGCAGCGGUGGUCGGCGGAGGAGGUGGAGCGGCGGCGCAGCUGCAGCUGGGCUCGGCGGGGCUGGAGGCGAUUUUGGAGGAACUGCGGGAGAUCCGGGACGCGCAGUGCAGGCUGGAGGAGGCGCUGGGGGAGCUGAAGAGCCAGAGGCAGCAUGACUACGCGCUCAUCAAUCAGGCCCUGCACGAGGAGCACUUCAAGUUUGAGCGUCUUGAGGAGCAGCUCAACGACCUGACGGAGCUCCACCAGAACGAGAUGAUGAACCUAAGGCAGGAGCUGGUGAGCAUGGAGGAGAAGGUGGCGUACCAGGCCUACGAGCGAGCACGAGACACGCAGGAGGUGCUGGAGUCGUGCCAGACGCGCGUGUUGAAGCUGGAGCUGCAGCAUCAGCAGCAGCAGGUCGUGCAGCUGGAGGGGCUGGAGAGCGCGGAUGCCCGUGCGCUGCUGGGCAAGCUGAUCAACGUGCUGCUGGCCGUGGUGGCCGUGGUGCUCGUGUGCGUGUCGGCCGCCACCAGCUGCCUGGCACCGCUACUGCGCACUCGCGGCGGCGUGCUCUCCACGCUCAUGGCGCUCGCCGCCGCCGCGCUCACCUGCCGCCACUGGGACGCAAUCGCCAGCAUAGUCGACGGCAUGCAUGGGCAGGGCCACUCGGCGCAAAGCUGACGAGCCGAGUGCGGGCGAGCCAGCCGUUGAACCGGCUUCCCUCGCUCCCACCCGUGACCCGUCCACGGCCCUCGUUGUUAACGGACCGGACUGCCUGAAAAUUGAGCAUUGACAGAGAGGAAGUGUGAUUUUUUUUUUUUUUACCGCACCAACGACGCACAUUGCGCCGCGGAUGUCUGCGCUAAAAUCUCAGCAAUCGAUGUAUUGAUUGACGAAGGGCCCCCUUGCAGCCUUUGUGGCAUUGGGAAAGACUUUGUGAAGGCCCCAACGUUUAGCUCGCCUGUGUGUGCCCAUCGUGGCGAUUGUCCGUGGAUUUGCAGUCCGGCUACUUGCGACAAAAGCCAUCGAGGUUGGUGCGAGCGGUCUUAACGACCGUGGCUAGACCGCCGGCUCUCACGCCUGGAGAGUGGAGAAGCUACCCACGAUGGGAGUUUCCAUCGAGAGCCAUCUUUUCCACGUCCCGGGGGGGGGCGGCAGUGGUGGGCUUCAGCGGGGCGUGGGACGGCGGAAAGAGCGACUUUCGCUCGUUUUAUUUCACGUUUUUUUUAACCAAAGCACACCUCCCGGGAAGACGCCCGGACCUGUCGCAUGACUGUGAUGUCCUCGUUCCUCGACAUCCCGUGACCUUACCACGACCUUGCCGUGACCUCCCCGGCCGCCAUCGAUGAAGCACAAGGGUCAAGGCUGACCGCGCGACUCCGCAGCAUCCUUGUUUUUGUUUAUUUAAAGCAAAAUAACAAAAACUGAAACGCAAGCUCUUUCCUUGUUUACACCGAGCCGAGUGUACAACUUAUAGUUUCUGUUACUUUGUAUUUGUAUUCAUAUUUUCGCUUUUUUAGCAGCUUUUUUCAUUAUAUUUUAUCGUGAAGCUUAUUUGUUUUAUAGAAAUCUAUUUAAAAUGUUUACAAAGGAAGAAAUGGCACUGCUAAGGCUUGUGCCGUCUUCCCUAGCCAAUCACUUUUUAGACUUUUAAAGAGGACGGGAAGGCGAGAGGGAAGGAGGAGGGUACUUACAGGUGGUUGGGAGGGAGGUGAAAGUAAAGGAGAUGGAUUGCCCGGGGGGUUGGGGGGGGGGGCGAUACAGCAAAACGAUUUUUUUAUAUAUAUUUAAGUUUGCAAAAAAAGCGGUGGGACUGACUAUGCUAGCAACUGUGAAGCCGCACAUUCCAGAGACGGAUACGAGUGUGAGCGUCGUGCGUGUGUGUGUGCGUGCAGAGGAGUUGGGAAGUUGAAUGCUGAAGGGGUUGACAAUAAGCCUUGUAUGGUAGAGCCCGCCCCCCUCGCUUGUUGAAGGAGGAAGCAGUGGUGGGAGGGGGGGGGGCGUUAAGAAGGCGAGUCUGACGGAGCUGUGAGUGAUGGGCGAGAAGACAGGAGGAUGAGAAGGCAGUGUUCACAUUGCAAGGGCCACCUACCUCCUCCGUCGCUUCAAGACGUCCAGCGUCGCGAAAGUUUCAACGGCGGAAAAAUCUUUGACGGUGUGGGUUUCCGAAGGACAAUUCGGACGAAUGAAGCUUCUGGCCAAAGUGGUGGACUGGGGGUGUGUGAAGUUCAGAUAGGUCUCUCUAGCAUGACCUCCGGAAACUUUUGUAAGAAAAAAACAACAGUGUUUAGUUUAUUUUUUUUGAGAGUUAACAACAAGUUUUCACAAAGGAUGAAUCUACAGUAACGAAGCUUGGGCCCUUUUGGGGGCCGCGUGAUGCCCGUGGUGUCAAUGCGUUGGGCCCUUUUGCACCUUAUGGGUGAAGUUCUUCGCCUCGGUCGGGGUGCAGCAUUGAGAAUGCGAAGUUGGGAGCUGAACAAAGCGCGGAUCUGAGCGCGUGACCAAGGACUGGGAUUGUGUGUGUGCUCACGCGCGCGGACAGAAACGUCUCUCUUAAGAUGCGUGUGCAAUAUAGGGCAGAGGCUGGCAGGCGUAGCACGUCCAUGGUUUGUGUCGGUUUAAGAUAGAAAGGAGUGUAAUUUUUAUUGAGGAAUUACAGACGGGCAAUGUUGGCUACUGUGUGAGGUUGUUGGAAUCGGACGUGGGUUGAGGCAGUGAUAUGUGACUACAGAGACGCUACUCAGGAAUCAAACGGUUCUCAUCACCUUGUAGUUACAUGCUCAGGCUAUGUGCUCUGGGCUGUUCGACAAGAGUUUGAAGCUUCAUUAAUGACAAAACAUACUUUCAGGUGACUUUCAGGCCACCUCAAGCGAUGGAGAUCAUCAUACGUGCAACCAAUUCGACCUUCAGUGAUUCGAUUCUCAUUAUUCUGGGUCCGCGAUUCAAUUAAAGAAUUCGUGAUUUUUCCUAACAGUGGUGAAUGUAGUAGUGCCUCUUGUGGCUGGAGGGUCACGUGAACCAACUUGCACUGAAUACGAAUUGAAAAUAGUCAAUUCUCACUCACGACUUGAUGCAUGUGUGUAAGAAUCAAUUUCAAUCGGUGUUUCGUUUCACUACUGACAUCGCUAGAGUGCACCUUCAAGUCACUUUAAUGUCUUCUGUUCUCAUUAAUGAAGCGUUCAACUCUUGUUGGACAGGCUGGACACACAGCCAAGGUACAUAUCUACCUGGAAAUUAGCGCUGUUUUGUUUUUGAGUCUUGUCUUCCUCUUUUAAGGUAUCGGAACAUUAGGGCACCGACCAAUGUUAUUUAUAGCAAGAAGCGUGUUUCUCGUGUUGGCUCAGCACGGGAACAAAUGGUGGCGAAGCGCACAGCAGCAGUGGGUGACGGUGGGCUGCGGACACAGCAAGCAGCAGCUCGUCAAAGGAGUGCAGUGCAGCUCAUUAUGCAAAUACAAUCAACUAAACGAGCGCCGUUCAUUCAGGGAGUUGCGAGAAAUCCAAUUGUGUGACCACAAGCAGCCAGUUGUCGAGGCUCAGAUACCUCUUUUUCCACUGCAUAACCGAGCCGCGCCAAGCGUGAGAUUUUUCCACUGCAGAACCCCCCGAGAGACCUGUGCUGUUCACAUCACACGCACAGAAUGAUACGGUGAUGUUGUGUCCUUACAACACAAUGACAUCACACUCGCCUCAUUAGCACGGUGGGCUACGUACAGUGCGAAAGAAGUUAAACUUACGUAUGUAAUGAACAUUUUAAUAGCCGUGCCCCUGGCCCUGUUUUGCCACAAGCCAAAUUCAGAUGUAUUCUGAGAGCAGUGUAUCACGAUUUUCAGUUCUGCCUCGGCACGACAGCCAGUGGGAAAAACGACCCGUACGAUAAGGGCCAUCGUGCUGGCUCGGCUCGGAUGUGGCAGUGGAAAAGGAGUAAAUAUGAAGCCUGGAUUUCAAGCCUGAUUCCACAGGUGCUGAAUGUGUCUUGGAAGGCGGAAUGUGUGCGGUCGGUCGGUCGGUGUUGAGAUGUUCUGAGUGCCUUCGUUGUCAUCGAUCGCCGCUAUGUGCCAGCGACACGAACUCCUCGUGGUACUCUGUGAGAAUAUUUGGUGCGGCGGUGAGAACGUGUGGGGCCAGGUGUAUGUGGUUUUUAGAGCCCGCCCGUCUCCGCUUCCCUCCCUGUGCCGCGCUGGGAGCUCAGUUCGGUAGGCUUGUAACGAUUCACCAACUUACAAUUGAUUCCUACGCUAACGAUAUAAACAUUAGCAUCAUCGGCCACGAUCAAUCCACUGCUGGAUGGAAGACUCCCCAGGCCUUUGCCAUCUCUCGCCAUCCUGCAGCGUGUAUACACACGCACACGUGUUGAAUUGUGUACACAUUAAUUAUUUAUGAUUGAACGCAAAGUAAAUGCACGUCACCGUGCGGAAUAGUAGAACAAGCGAGAUGGCAAAACGAUUGAAUCAAAUUGACCUUUGGUCGUCACGAUACAUUGAAUCUUAGAAGUCUGUUAAUAUUUGUACGAAUAAAACAGCGAAACAUGCUGUGAACCAAGUGACUUGAUUUCCGGCCACAGCUAAACAUUGGUGGCAAGUGAAGUCUCAACUAGCGCCCCCCCCUCCUCUCCUUCACUCGCCAGCAUGGCGAGGUCUGGUCAAAGAACCCUCACGACGGACAUGGCACAGUAAGGCCUUCCUCCAGUAGUGGAUUUGACAAAAGACGUACUCUAUAAAGAACCCAUUGAGACCCAAGGUCACCUGUGUACAGAUGAACAAAUGCCAUUGUGCAAUUUUUACAAUGAAGAGUAAAUAUUAAAUAAUAAAACUACAAGGUGAUUAAAUAUUAAAAAGUAAAAAAAUUACCCAAUUGUUGUUCACUUAUAUCAUUGCAAGCCUACUCGUGAGUUGGGGAUAAGUAGUGAUGUGCCCAUGGUCACUGAAGUGUAUGAAGUAAAGGCAUAUACUGUAGUAGGAAUUAAGCAAUACAAAACAUACCCUUCGCUUGGACUUUAAAAGCAAGAAAAAAAACUUGAAAAUAAACAGUUUUAAACAUG